AAAGGAGGAAAAGAAACAAGAAAUUCAAAAUUAAGUCUUUGCCGAAAAAAGCCGUCUACUCCCUCUUUUAAACACUCACUUAACUCUCUAAUUUUCUUUUCAUUUCCUUCAAAAUUCAAUCAAAAAUAGAAUGUAUAAACCUAAUCAUCGUCAACGACAACACCAAAAUUUGGUCGUAGAAAAUCCAAAUUUCAGAGACUCCAACUCAUGGCUUUCCGGCGACGACAUUAUCAACAACAACAACAACAACUCUUCCCCGACGACACUUCGACAAACUCAGUCGAAUUCUACAUCUGGAAAUAUGGAUCCUGUCCUCUACAACAGCAUCGUUGAGAUAGUCCCUCUCGUCGAGUCCCUCAUCCAUCGGAAAGACAACAGUUCAUUUACUCGGCGUGGUUCUGUGAUUUAUACGAAGACUCCUUCUAGAAAGUUGAAUGAUCCUAAAGGGAGGAAUGCAUCUCAGUCUAUCCCGGCAAAAAAGAAGAGAGAACGUGGAGACAAGGACCAUAAUAAGGAUGGAGGUAAUAAUCAAGAUUCUGACAACUUCUCAAUCUUUUCCUCGAGGUCUUUGACUUCUGAAAAGGACUUAGAAGAGCUAGUCACAUUGAGGGAACAAUUGGAGGAUUUGCAAAUGAAGUUAGCAGAGAAAGAUGAACUUCUGAAAUCUGCAGAGAUUUCAAAGAAUCAGAUGAACACUGUUCAUGGAAAACUCGAUGAGCUGAAACACCAGGCUUUAGAAAAGGAUUCCGUAAUCAAGUCUACUCAAUUACAACUUUCUGAUGCUAAGAUUAAGCUUGCGGACAAGCAAGCUUCCCUAGAAAAGUUACAAUGGGAAGCAACACAAUCCAAUUUAAAAGUGGACAAGCUCCAGGAAGAGCUAGAAUCUAUACAAGGAGACAUUUCAUCAAUGAUGGCGUUAUUUGAAGAAUUAACAAACAAUGAAUCGAUGAAAACUUUGGAAGACUAUGAUGUCAAACCGCAUUAUUUAGAUUAUCUUCCUGAUAUUGACUAUAUGGACGACGGGGAAAUGCAGAAAAUGGAAGAAGCGAGACAAGCUUAUGUUGCUGCUAUUGCUACCGUAAAGGAAAAGCAAGAUGAAGAAUCCAUUGCUGCUGCAGCCAGGGCAAGACUCCAUCUUCAUUCUUUUGUUUUGAGACCUGACAGUAAAAAUGCUGGCAAUGAUAAUGAUAUUCAGAGCGGUGCGGUUUCACCAGUUUCAUAUAGAGCAUAUGCACAUUAGGUCCAACAUGUAUUAUGAUUAAUAGGCUUCACAUUUACUGUAACAUAUUCUUUUUACUACUCAUCUUUUUUUUUUAAAUACUGGUUGACCAUUGGCCUGCCUAUGAAUCUUGUUGUCUGAUGUUUAUAUACUUCUAUGUUUUCGUUUGAGAUAUACUUCUAAUUUAAUGAUCUGUAGUUCUGUACUCCGCCUGAUUAAUGCAUGGCCUCGUUAACAUUUUUA